AUGACAUCAACCACAUCUACCUGGUCAGAAACGUAUACUUCUACCACUACUGCGACCGGAUCUGACGGUACUGAGACCGUGAUCAUCGAAGUUCCAACUCCAGUUACAUCAUCCACAUCUACCUGGAGUGAGACUUACACCUCUACCACUACUGCAACCGGAUCUGAUGGUACUGAGACCGUGAUCAUUGAAGUUCCAACUCCAGUCACAUCAACCACGUCGACAUGGACUGGAUCGUUUACUUAUACCACCACUGCCACUGGCUCUGAUGGUACUGAGACCGUGAUCAUUGAAGUUCCAACUCCAGUUACAUCAACCACAUCUACCUGGAGUGAGAUUUACACCUCUACCACUACUGCGACCGGAUCUGAUGGUACUGAGACCGUGAUCAUUGAAGUUCCAACUCCAGUUACAUCAACCACAUCUACCUGGAGUGAGAUUUACACCUCUACCACCACUGCGACCGGAUCUGAUGGUACUGAGACCGUGAUCAUUGAAGUUCCAACUCCAAUGACAUCAACCACAUCUACCUGGUCAGAAACGUAUACUUCUACCACUACUGCAACCGGAUCUGACGGUACUGAGACCGUGAUCAUCGAAGUUCCAACUCCAGUUACAUCAUCCACAUCUACCUGGAGUGAGACUUACACCUCUACCACUACUGCGACCGGAUCUGACGGUACUGAGACCGUGAUCAUCGAAGUGCCAACUCCAGUCACAUCAACCACGUCGACAUGGACUGGAUCGUUUACUUAUACCACCACUGCCACUGGCUCUGAUGGUACUGAGACCGUGAUCAUUGAAGUUCCAACUCCAGUUACAUCAACCACAUCUACCUGGAGUGAGAUUUACACCUCUACCACUACUGCGACCGGAUCUGAUGGUACUGAGACCGUGAUCAUUGAAGUUCCAACUCCAGUUACAUCAACCACAUCUACCUGGAGUGAGACUUACACCUCUACCACCACUGCCACUGGCUCUGAUGGUACUGAGACCGUUAUCAUUGAAGUUCCAACUCCAGUUACAUCAACCACAUCAACAUGGACUGGAUCGUUUACUACAACUACCACUGCUACUGGCUCUGAUGGUACUGAAACUGUGAUCAUCGUAGUCCCAACUCCAGUCACAUCAACCACAUCGACAUGGACUGGAUCGUUUACUUAUACCACCACUGCCACUGGCUCUGAUGGUACUGAGACCGUGAUCAUUGAAGUUCCAACUCCUGUCACAUCAACCACAUCAACAUGGACUGGAUCGUUUACUACAACCACCACUGCUACUGGCUCUGACGGUACCGAGACUGUGAUCAUCGUAGUACCAACUCCAGUUACUACAACAACCAGUACCUGGACAGGAUCGUUUACUACAACUACCACUGCAACUGGCUCUGAUGGCACUGAAACUGUGAUCAUCGAAGUGCCUACUCCAGCAACUACUACUACUACUACGUGGUCUGAGUCGUAUAUUUCUACUACUACAGUUACUGGAUCUGAUGGUACUGAAACUGUUCUUAUUGAGGUUCCAACCGGAGUUACUGUGACUACUACAACCUGGUCAGAAACCUACACUUCUUCCACGACUAAAACUGGUUCUGACGGUACUGAAACUGUGAUUGUCGAAGUCCCAACUCCAAUUACUACAACAACCAGUACCUGGACUGAAUUAUACACCUCUACCACCACCGCAACUGGCUCUGAUGGUACUGAGACCGUGAUAAUCGAAGUCCCAACACCAGUUACAUCAACCACAUCAACAUGGACUGGAUUGUUUACUACAACCACCACUGCCACUGGCUCUGAUGGUACUGAAACUGUCAUCAUUGAAGUUCCAACUCCAGUUACAUCAACCACAUCUACCUGGAGUGAGACUUACACUUCUACCACUACUGCAACCGGAUCUGAUGGUACUGAAACAGUCAUCAUUGAAGUUCCAACUCCAAUGACAUCAACCACAUCUACCUGGUCAGAAACGUACACUUCUACCACUACUGCAACCGGAUCUGACGGUACUGAAACUGUGAUCAUCGAAGUGCCAACUCCAGUGACAUCAACCACAUCAACAUGGACUGGAUCGUUUACUACAACCACCACUGCUACUGGCUCUGAUGGUACUGAAACUGUGAUCAUCGUAGUCCCAACUCCAGUCACAUCAACCACAUCAACAUGGACUGGAUCGUUUACUACAACCACCACUGCUACUGGCUCUGAUGGUACUGAAACUGUGAUCAUCGUAGUCCCAACUCCAGUCACAUCAACCACAUCGACAUGGACUGGAUCGUUUACUACAACCACCACUGCUACUGGCUCUGAUGGUACUGAAACUGUGAUCAUCGUAGUCCCAACUCCAGUUACUACAACAACCAGAACCUGGACUGAAUUAUACACUUCUACCACCACCGCAACUGGUUCUGAUG